AAAAAAAAAAAAAACUGAGAAAAUACGCAACAUCCUCAUCAACAUCAUCAUUAUUAUCAUAUAUAUAUAUAUAUAAUCACCAUCUGAGACAGAUAUAGUUCUCAUCUCUCCAAUUUCUCUCUCUGUUGAUUUUUAGCUUUUCUAGAACAUCCCACAUUUUGUUACAUACAAUAAUACAUAUAAUCCCUUUUUUGUUUCUUGAUCCAUUACCAUUCCCUAAAUUUGGGAUUUAAAUGCAAUUGGGGUUUCAAGAUUGAGUCUUUUUUGUUUUUAAAGUCAAAGGGGGUGUUUUGUUUGUUGUAGUUGAGCUGGUAAACAAGAAAAAAAAAUGAUAUUUUUGGAGCAACUUAAGUGUAUUGUGAUGUUUGUUGCUUUGAGUGUAUGUAGUGCUUCAUGAUUGGAUUUGUUUUUUCAUUGUUUUCUUGGAUUUGAAUGCUGGAAUAGUUGGUUCCCGAGCCUGAGGCUCGGGUUUUGAUUGUAUCAUAUUAGUUCAAAUAUAUAUAGGGAAGCUUGUGAAAUGGAGCAACAACAACAAUAUCAACAUGAACAAGAAGACCUUUUUGCCCCUCCAACAAUUCAAGAAGGGUUUAUGCAGAAAUUCAGGCUAUAUCAAACACUAUCGAAAUUUUACAUAAUAGGAAGGGACAAGAGUAGAGCAUACUGGAGAGUGUUGAAAAUUGACAGGAUGGAGCCUUCUGAGCUUAACAUACGUGAAGAUUCAGCUACCUAUACUGAACGUGAGUGCUCUGACUUGUUGAGAAGGAUACAUGAGGGGAACAAGUCUACUGGAGGUCUGAAAUUUGUCUCUACGUGUUACGGCAUUGUCGGUUUCAUCAAAUUUUUGGGUCCUUAUUAUAUGCUGCUUAUCACGAAAAGGAGGCAGAUUGGUGCUAUUUGUGGUCAUGCUGUGUAUGCUAUCACUAAGAGUGAAAUGAUCCCAGUUCCAAAUGCUGCAACAAGGUCAAAGAUGGUUAAUUAUAGCAGUGAAAACAGGUACAGGAAACUCCUUUGCAUGGUGGACCUUACGAAGGAUUUCUUCUUCAGUUACUCAUACCAUGUUAUGAGGAGUCUACAGAAGAACAUGUGCAAUAAUGAGAGUGGACCAGACCUGUAUGACACCAUGUUUGUCUGGAAUGAAUAUCUGACACGUGGAAUACGAAAUCUCCUUCACAACACUAUUUGGACAGUGGCAUUGGUUUAUGGAUUCUUCAAGCAGGAUACUCUGUCUCUCUCUGGGCGGGACUUCAAGUUGACUUUGAUAGCAAGACGUUCACGUCAUUAUGCUGGUACCAGAUAUCUGAAGCGAGGCGUAAAUGAAAAUGGUAGAGUUGCGAAUGAUGUUGAGACUGAGCAGAUGCUAUUUGAGGAUGUCGCUGAAGAUUUGCCAGUGCAAAUUAGUUCUGUUGUUCAAAAUCGUGGGUCCAUCCCGCUCUUUUGGUUUCAGGAAACUUCACGACUAAUUCUUAAGCCUGAUAUUAUAUUGUCAAAGAAGGAUCAAACAUAUGAAGCAACGAGACUUCAUUUCGAGAAUCUUGCUGAGAGAUAUGGGAACCCCAUAAUUAUAUUGGAUCUGAUUAAGACCCAAGAAAAAAAGCCCCGGGAGUCUAUCCUUCGCACGGAAUUUGCUAAUGCAAUUGAAUUCAUCAAUAAGGAUCUAUCUGAGGAGAAUCGACUUAGAUUUCUCCACUGGGAUUUGAACAAGCAUUCACGAGGCAAAGCUACAAAUGUCUUGUUUUCUCUGGGAAAAGUGGCUACAUAUGCAUUGAAUUUGACAGGUUUCUUCUAUUGUCAAGUAACACCAGCCUUAAGAUCUGAGGGAUGUUUGAAAUGGCCGACUAUCGAAUAUGCUGCUGCUAGUAAUGUGGAUCGUAUGAGACAUUUUGACCCUGAUGUUGAGAAACAAUAUAAUAAUGACAACAGUGAGUCAGAUAACUCAGAUGGGAAAACCAGUGGAUGUAACUACGUGAGUAACGGCUAUCUGAAACCAGCAAUGUUCCAAAGGGGGGUGCUAAGGACAAAUUGCAUAGAUUGUUUGGAUCGUACUAAUGUGGCACAGUAUGCAUAUGGAUUGGCUGCUUUGGGUCAUCAAUUCCAUGCAUUAGGAGUUACAAAUUCAACAAAGAUAGACCUUGAUGAUCCUUUGGCGGAAGAAUUAAUGGGGUUCUAUGAGAGGAUGGGUGACACACUUGCUCAUCAAUAUGGUGGCUCUGCAGCUCACAACAAGAUAUUUUCAAAGAGGAGGGGCCAGUGGAAAGCUGCAAUUCAAUCACAGGAGUUCUUUAGGACUCUUCAGAGAUAUUACAGCAAUGCCUACAUGGAUGCAGAAAAACAAAAUGCUAUUAAUGUGUUUUUGGGGUACUUUCAGCCGCAAGAGGGUAGACCUGAUAUAUGGGAACUGGACAUGUAUCAGCAUUACUAUGUGGGUAGGAAUGGGGAAAGCUAUGUUGGUGACAAUGGAAGGUCGCUCUUUCAAAGAUCAUUCUCAGAUGGGAACAUUCUUCAUGAAAGUCAAUUUCCCCUAUCAACUCGGAAUAUUGGAAAGGGUCUUUCUAAGUCUAAUAAUUCAAAAGAAGGAAGCAAAGCUCUCUCCGAAUCAACACCGGAAAUGUCAACUUGUGAAAGUGAUUUGACAUAUUCAAGGUAUGCUCAAACAGUUCCUACAAGGCAACAUUUUGUAGACAUGCAAAGAGAUCGAUCCCUUGAACAACAAAAUACAGAUGCAUAUGACUACUCCAACUUUGUUGACUUAGAUUGGUUGUCUUCUUCUGGGAAUUCCUGUGAGGAUGAGCUAUUGGACAGGUCUCUGUUCACAAACUCCCCAAUAGGUGGGCUAUCAUCAGAGAAUGUUGUCAGUGACAUAGUAGGGGAAACAACCCCUCUCUCCAGUGAAGGCGGAUGUGGCAUGAAUGUUGGUAUUUCAGUUACUUCACAAACACCACAGUUGUCCUAUCUUCAAGGCUUGGACCUCAGCUUUAUCGUUACUGCAGCAGCUAUUAUGAGCAGUGAAUACCAUCACCAAGUGUCCACUGUGAUUUCUAAGUACGCCAACACCCUCUGCACUUCCUGGAUUGCCCUUACGACAGCUAUCAACAUUCAGCUUCAAUCCAUUGUAGCUUGGUUUAGUCCAUCUUACCAACUUGAUAUCCAGAAUAGGUCUAAUUUUGUUACACCUGUGCACAUAGAUCUGACUAUGAACUAGAAAGAUCUAAAGAAGGAAACUGUGAGUUAAGCAAAAGUUUCAUCAAAUUGGAAACUUUAUCUAUAACUCUACUAGUCGAACUUCUGAUUCUGUAACUGAUGGUGCAAAUUGCAAAAACAGCUCAUGAACUUUGUUGUCAAGUUUAGUCAGCCACCACCUCAGAACAUUAGUUCUGAUAUUUCCACCUGAAAAGAUAAUACCACAAGAAUUUGAAAAAUAAUUCCAUAUGUGGCCAUUUUCCCUUCACAGAAAGAUGGUUGAUAGCUACCACAUUACAGGUUUCUAUUGUGGUUCUAUGAUUAGAUGAAUGACAUUAUUUGGCAAUUGGCGGUUCAUAUUAGACACCUUCUGUCUUUUGGUUUACCCUAGAAAAUUACUUGACUGACGGCUGAUGACCAUCAAAUCUUGUCUUUGUUUCUCGAAGCUCUUGAGGAAUAUGGUUAAAUGGUGAAUCAUAUCUUCUUUAAAAGAAAAAAAAAUGAUUCAUAUUGCUAAAGACUUAAGUGUAGAAAACACAUCUACCUGUGGCAUGUUACCGUGUAUAUAGUGUUGGUUGGACCACGAAUCCAGAUCAAGUGGAUGCUUCAACUAGAACUUCACUAACAAGGCUGUCACUACCACUUAUAAUGGAAGUAACAAUAUAGGUUUCAGAUUGGCGAUAACUAUUAAUGUAACUAAUAAUGUGAUAAUCCAAUAAAAUUGAGUAUUAUAAGAGUCACAAUUGUAGUAGGGAUCAUUAGUCUAGGAAAAAAAGGGAUGGAGGACUAAUGAGAUACUUUUCCCAAGCUCGACCUUUAAAAAUAAAAGUUUCUUCACCUUCUUUGGACAAAAAAGAUCCAAUUUUAUAAAGUUUGUCAACUGCAAAUCUUGAAUUUCGGUAGCUAGUUUUUUCACCUUCCUUUGGACAAAAAAGAUCCAAUUAAUAAAGUUAUUUGUCAACUGCAGGUCUUGAAUUUCCGUAGCUUGUUUUGGUAACUGGGCAGCUACUAACAGAAAAGUUAAUAGUAGAGAGUACCAUUUGUAAUAUGUCAUAGACACUUGGCUAAAGACUUUCUCAACUCCCUUGAUCCUCCCUGUACAUUUCCCGCACUCUCUUGGUGCUAUUUUCAUAAAAAGAAAAAAAACUGAAUGUAUUGAUUGUAGUAAGCUCAGUUUGCUCACCACAAAGAAAAAGUCCUCUGAACAAUCUUAGCAACUUUCCUUUGUGUGCUGGUUCAUUAGUCACCUAACACAUGAUUGUAGUCGCGUCUGAUUUGAAGCCAUUUUUGACUGACUCAGUCUUUGUUUCUGGUAAAGUUGACAACACACUGUAUUAACAAUUCAUGCUUAGUAUAU